AUGGCUUGCUUAGUAGCAGAAGUAUCAUGCAAGAGAUGGCCACCCGCAAUGGUCGAUGAUCAAGUGCCUGACGCACCAUUGAGGGCUGUCAGCUGGCUGUGGAUCAUUCCUCUGCUGGGAUGGCUUUGUCCAAGCUGGCACACAUUCUGCGGCAGCUGCAGAACUGGCAGGUGCCCGUCUGAAGGCUCCUUGCUUCGCAGCUCACGUCGCCAGCUGCUGCUCGCUGGUGCAUUGGCUGAGGACCGCAGUUGCAGCUGCUGCUUGCAAGACUUUUGCCGCUGCCCCACAACUUGCGAAUGCCUACGGGUGCUCCGGGCCAAUGGCUACGAAACGCCGUUGGAUGCCGAAGAAGCGCUUGAACAAGGAGGCGAAGUUCUGUUCUCCGCAAGCUUGAAGUGGCCAAGAGGCGACUUCCCAGCCUGGCGCCCCCUGGAGGCCCAACUGGCCGUGCGCAACUCCACGCUGCCUGGUGCCGGCCGAGGGCUCUUUGCCGCUGAAGACAUCGCAGCUGGGGUGGUGCUGCCACCGUAUCAGGGGCUCUCUUUACUCUUUGCAGAUCUGGAUCGGGUGGAGUACUCCCGAGAGGUUGACAACUACGUUUGGUGUCCCAGAGAUCGGAAGCUGGAGGGAGAGCCCUGGCUUCCGAGCUUCUGUGUGGACGGGCAGCGCCUGCAGCGCGGAAAUCCGGCGAGGUUUGUGAACGCUGCCCGGAUGGCAAAGCAGUGUGACGACGUGAAUCUCGAAAUUUGCGAGCUCGGACGAGUCGCAUAUUUUCGCACUCUACGUCCUGUCUCUGCAGGCCUAUGCGAGUGGAAGCUUACUGCAAAGUCAUGGGUGCUCAAUGUGAAUUCAGAGCAGACGGAAAUGGGAAGCCGCUUCUUGCCACGAGAGGCAUCACGAGAGGCUUAA